UGACACUUAAAAAAAAGAAGAAACAGUGUGGAGGGAUGUUGUUGUAGUUGGACCUGGUGUUGUUUUAUGUAAAGUCUUGCCCCCUCUCUGCCGCCGACACUCGGCGGUGCCUCGUAUUCCCCCGUCGACCCUGUUAACCUUCCAUAUUUAACUCUGGCUCACAGCCCGUCGCUAAAAGCAGCAACUCUGUCUGAGACUCUCCAACCACAGCCAGCUAGCAUCUGCUAGCGGCUGCUGCUGCUGCUGCUGCCACAACAGAGCUAACGGCGAGUUGCCGCGGAGAUAUGGAGUGGCAGCCGGGCAGCGGAGCCUCAUUUUACCCAGGCGAAGAGUCCAGCAGUGACCCGGCUUCCUUACGCAGGCCCCGUAGGGAUGUUUAUUCCCACCAGCAGUCACUCUCAUCGCCUCUUUGUGACUGUCCCAUGGCGUCACUGUGCCAGAGCCAGCAGCGCUGUAUGAAGGCGUCCAUCGUCUCCAGCUGGAGACUGGCCGAGGCACAGGACCAACUUUGUUCACUAGGGGUCCACAGCUCAGAGUCCCAGGAGCAGGAACGUGCUCGGACACUUGCCUGCCCCACGGAACUCACACACACGGAGGAGGAGUGGCGUCGCAAGGAAAGCAUGCUGGAGGGUCGGGAGCCCAGCCGCAGCCCUGUGCUCGGAGCUGUCGGAAGUUGGGAUGUUUUUGAUAAGAGUAUCAUUAAUGUCCAAAAGCAGUCUGUUGAAAUGGAUCAGGACAAGUGCGCUACAUUUCUCCAGAAGUAUGACAGCGAGCUCAGGCAUUUUGGUAUGUUGAGGCGAUGGGACGACAGUCAGCGAUUCCUCGCAGACAUGCCUCAGCUCAUCUGUGAAGCAACAAGCAACUAUUUAUUUCUGUGGUGCAUGAGACUACAGCAAGAAGGGAAGGAGGCCCUAAUGGAGCAGGUGGCUCACCAAGCCAUGGUCAUGCAGUUCAUUCUUGAGAUGGCUGUGAACUCUCAGCAGGAUCCCAGAGGCUGCUUCAGACAGUUUUUCCACAAAGCCAAAGAAGGACAAGAUGUCUAUUUAGAAGUCUUCCAUUCAGAGCUCAAUGCCUUCAAACACAGAGUUAAAGAAUAUGCAGCCAGGUGUAGAAGUGAUACUCCACACAAUGCAGAGCAGCAGCACAUAGGAGGCACAAACUACAUACUUGACCCCAAAGACUCUUUACCUUCAGUGGCAGAGUUCUCGGUGAAGCGUUGUUUAGAGACUGGACUGUGGACAAGCACUGGCAGGUGGACAAAGGAUGAUGCGACAGAAACGGAAGACAUACGAAUGAUGGAGACCUCCUAGUGAAUAAAGGAUGAGCCCCUGCUUUUCUUCCAUCGCCAUCGUCUCCCUCUCUCAAGGAACAACCUGAGAUUCAAGCCCUCUUUCAUCAGCGGAGCAGGCUCGUAAAAAAAAAGACAGAGCAAAAUAUAAACAGAUGUGAUCUGUAUGUAGCGCCGCAUCAUUCAGCGGAGACCUGUUAGAAAUAGUGUUUUACUGGUGUUAAUUCACAGUAUUAACACGAGGAAGUCACAGGCCUUUUCAGUGUCUUUUGCACGUAUGGGUUGCCAUAGUGCUGGUUUCAUAACUCUCACUCUAUAUCUUUCAAACUGAUUAUCGGCAUGGCCCUGAUCUUCAUGCCCAGAUAAUCGAGCAGGAGUAGACAGGGUUUUUUUUAUCUAGUUACACAAAAAGUCAGCCAACCAAGGUUCAGGAGUGUCCCCGUUGGCCGUCGUUUUUUUUUUUUUUAAAAACAGCCUCAACAUGUUUUUGUCUAAUAAUCUAGUCACUGUUUGCUUCUAUCUUAGCUAAUUGUCAUAGAAGAGUAACCAGUGUUGAUGCUGAGCACUUAUACCAGGGUGCGUCUGCUCUUUUCUGUGAGGAGGAGGAGCAGCAGCAGCAGGUCGUAACCCAGACACAGGCUGUCUGAUAGAAGGGAAAAUAAACAGAUCUCUCACACAGGCUCCCCAGCCAAAACAUUAUCCAGGGGACACACACGCACUGUACGUGUGAAAACAAAUGUGCGAGUCGUUUGAACCUGGCAUUAAACAAAUUUUUACCCGAGCUACCGAGUACAAAGACUCUUUAAUGCCCGGUUGAGCUGAUGUUCAAACAGCUAGUGAGCGGAAAACGGCUGACGCGGCUUGCAGCGUGUCUGCUACGUGACGACACGGUGAACUCACUAAAUGGCAUAAUAAGGCUUCCACAACAGUUUUUUUUUUUUUACAUAUUGCCCAUGCAAAGUUGAGCCAUAUACUAGGUUUUUGACCUACCCAAUCGUCUUUAAAUUAAAUCUCUCAACAAAGUAAGAGUUUAAUCAAAAGCCUUAAAUGUCAUGUUAAGUUUGACAGAUGCAACGGCUUUUUCGAUGCUGACAAUUAUGCGUGUGGGGUAUUUUGAAUUAGGUUUUGAAGUAAAAACUGAUAUAAAGCAACAUUAGGUAAAGUUUAUUUUUCAAAUUGGUUCACUCCAGCGCAACUUCCCUCAUGCUAAUCUGCAAAGAGCAAAUAGUAAGUGCACUUAAAGCACAGGUAAUAGAUUUCAACCAUGAUUACAGGUGAUUAAAAUAGGAAAAUGUCCUUAUAUUUUACGUCAUAAGUUUUCCUAAGUCUGUAUGGGCUUUGUGUAUUUAUUCUUCUCUGGUUCCCUUUUGUGCCAGAGUAAAACUAACUUAUAUAUAUUUUUUUUACCUGCUACUACUGUUGUUGUUUUUAACCCAGCAUCCCUAAACAGAGUGACGACCACAGACAGUUGGUUUAAUCUCGUGUUCAUGGGUGUACGACCUACACCUGAGUAGGUGAUUGAGAAACCUUGAGUAUAAAGGAGCGAGAGAGGAAAGGAAAAAAGGGCUGCGCUUCGCUAAGAGGCUUUAACUGUAUAUUUGUAUGCAGAAUGAAGCUCUCUGCAUCUGAAUGUGUCCUGCACUUUAUAUUUCUCUUUUCAAAACGCGUUCAAGUUUUGUCACUUUUGUUGUCGAUGAUGCUCCCGAUUAUUCAGAAUUCAUUUUACAAGUCUGAAAGGAGCUUGUGGAUUGAAUCGUGUGACAUUUGUUUUAAGACAUUUUAGUUGUCUCUUUUUUUUGUUUUUUCUUGGUUUUGUUAGUUUUCUGAGUAACGGUAGUGUGUACGGUUACUUCAGAAGUAUUUCUUUCACAAGAGAACAAAGAAAUCCGUGUCACAAUUUGUUGAGCAAUAUGUUCCGCAAGAUUUUUCUUUUUUGUACUGCAGACUGUGAAAUCAGGAAAAAUACAACGCAUUAAAGUACAAUUCAUCGCAAGCGUGUGAGUGAUUCUGCAGCGGAAUGGAUGAAAGCAUGAACACUGCAAACGCAAUGCUAAAAAUGUGCUGAGGUGGAUGUUUUUGUUUUGUUUUGCUUUGGUUCACAGUUACAUUACUCAACUACGCAGAACAACUGUUUCCUUCAACUUCUUCAUGUGUCCAGUUUAUGAAGUUAUCACAGAAAAAUGAAGAAUACAAAACUUUUGUCAGGGUUAAUCUGAGCUACUAGCUGUAGGAAAAUAUGGAUGUAUCAAUUCCUUAAUACCAGUAGGCAACAGCAGCUUCUUGUGCCACCUUAAAAAAUCUGAAUUAUAUAACCACUGGCAAGAUGUUAGUACCCUGGUAUCUACUGCAUUUAUUGGUGAAUGUGCACGUUUAAUGUCUGACUCUUGAUAUGAAUAGGAAAGGCUCAUUCUGGGGAAAUGAAAAACAACAAUUCAUACAAUCAGGAGAGUGUAUACAUAUAAAAAAAACAACAACCAGACAACAGGCAAAAGGCAGGGUAGUCACUCACUCUCACAUUCACAGCUAUAGUGUCCAGUUAACUUGAUCCCCAAUCUGCAUGUUUUUGGACUGGGAGGAAGACAGAUGUACAGAUAAGAGAGAAUCCGCACACACACACGGAGAGAACGUGCUCAAUCCACACAGAAAUUAACAACUGCCUCACAUAUUAUAUUCCUCUGUGAUGCAAUAAUACACGAAAUACAGCUGGUGUGAGAGGUUUAUUUUGAUUCACAAUAAAUACUCAUGGCAUGGU